AUGGCGAAAAAUCGACUUUUAAUUGAAUCCCGGGAAGCUAAAAAGCAAAAUGACCCUGACAUUUUUUUGUCACAUAGUGAUUACAAUUUAUACGAAUGGGAAGCUGUAAUAAGGGGCCCAAAGGACUCACCAUAUGAGGGAGGAAAAUGGAAACUAAGUAUAAAAUGCAAAAACACAUACCCAAUAGACCCCCCUUUGAUAACAUUUAUAACGAAAGUAUUUCAUCCUAAUGUAAAUUUUACAACAGGGGCACUGUGUAUGGACAUACUAAAAACGAAUUGGAGCCCAGCUUGGACAAUUCAAUCCUUAUGUCGUGCUAUUCUUUUUCUUUUGAAUGAGCCCAAUGCUGAAAGCCCAUUAAAUUGUGACGCAGGCAAUUUAAUACGGUCUGGGGAUGUAAAGGGUUUUAAAUCCAUGGCAAAAAUGUAUACUAAGGAAUAUGCAUCCUGA